AGGCGCUGCGAUGACCGCCCUGAGCCGUAGCGAGCCUGUCGAGACCGGCAGCAACCAACAAAUGCACGGGAAGAUGGCGCCUCUGAAGAGCCAUGUGCACUGCACGGAGAAACCAGGAAAGGUCCAGGAGCCCCCAGAUAGCAGUCUGCACUGGUCAGAAGGCUCAAAGGGUGAAGAGAUAAAGAAGUAUGGCCGGGAAGGGACACUACUGAGCAAAUACAACCAACAAUAUCACAAGCUGUUUAAAGAUAUCCCCUUGGAGGAGAUGGUUCUCAAAGUGUGUUCCUGUGCCCUCCAGAGAGACCUCCUUCUCCACGGUCGGCUCUAUAUCUCACCCAACUGGCUUUGCUUCCAUGCCAGCCUCUUUGGCAAGGAUAUCAAGGUGGUCAUUCCUGUGGUAUCUGUGCAAUUGAUCAAAAAACACAAGAUGGCAAGGCUCCUUCCCAAUGGACUGGCCAUCACCACAAACACCAGCCAGAAGUAUGUCUUUGUGUCUCUGCUUUCCCGGGACAGUGUAUAUGACAUGCUGAGGAGGGUCUGCACUCACCUACAGCCUUCCAGCAAGAAGAGUCUGAGUAUAAGGAAAUUUCCAGAAGAGGCCCAGUGCGAGUCCCCGGAAGUCCUUAUCCCCGAGAUGAAGUGGAGAAAAGGAUGCUCGUCCUCCCCAUCCCUGUCACUCCCAGACAACAUCUCUUGUGUCUCUCGGAUACCCACAGACUCCACAGAUAGCUGCUUCCCCUCCAUGAAGCCUCCAGGGUCUGAGGCCGUCUGUGAGAAAGAUGCACUGGAGGAAGAGCCCACCACGGACCAGGAAUUGAGGCUGUGGGACUCCCGGCUUCUCAAAGUCAUCUUUGUGAUGAUCUGCUUUCUAGUUCUGUCCUCAUCCUAUCUGGCAUUCCGAAUCUCCCGGCUGGAACAGCAAUUAUGUUCCCUGAACUGGGGCAGUCCACUCCCAAGGGACAGGUAACAGCCACUCGAUCUUCAUCCCACACCUUAUCCAAGGAUGCUCUGGUGCUGCCUUUCCCAAGGAUUCCUGGGGUUUAUGCUGUGGCUGUGCUGAGACUGAGUAUGAAGAACACAUUCUAGAUCCUUCCUCCAGACCCUCCCCCAACACUUCUUCCCUCAGCGAGUGAUCUGAAGUAUGUGUUUACAAAUUAACCGGCUCCUACAAUUUUUGGACUCAAAUGAAAUGUGAGACUGUUUCUGUGUUUUCAUCAGUUGAGGAGUUCUGUACACUAAGCUUCAGCGACCACUUACGUGGUAGAGAGCACAUUAACUUGUUUUAUUGUAAGCAAUGGUUCUGGCACACCGACAGAGCCCUGGGGGGCCACCCCUGGGGACAAAGGGCAUGCCUUGAUACCUGGAUUGCUGCUUGCUAUCACACAACACAGUGUGUGUAGGGGGGUUGGGCUGGGAGUUGUUGGAGAAAUAACAAAAGCACAAACCACCUCUGUGGGCUCUGCAGCCUCCCAGUGUUCUGUGAUCUCACUCGGGCCUCUCAGAAUCUUUGCUCAGGUGCCCAGAGGACUUUUCUUCAGGGAGACAGGCACUGGAGGAGCCUUUGAGAAGCCUGGGAUAUGGAGAAGAGAGCGAGUGGCAGGGCUUAUUAAGAGAGCAAUCUUAGUGUUCUGAGCUGAGUUUGUGACUUUGGGCUGACCCUGCAGGAGCUGUCUAACUGAAUUUGGGAAGAUGCCACCUGUAGGAGAGGAAGGGUGUGGGGCUGAGAUCGGAGGUCCCAGAACUCCCAUUCUGGAGCACCCUCAUCUUUGGUAGGACAAGGGGAGCAGGUACUUUGGUAUUUGGUAGUAAGUCUAUUUCCAUUGGUCACAGACAUUCCCAAGGCCCUAGACAUUAGCAAUAGGAAGGCAGGGAAUUUGAUUUAAGGUCUAGUGGUUGGUAUACUUCCUGCAUGGCCAACUGCACUUGUCAGGCUGGCUUGACUGGGCAGUAGGAUCCAGCAGGGUUGCAGUGUUGAGCCCUUGUUGGCAGAGCUCACUCAGUCCACGGACCUGCAGUCCAUAUGCUAUAGGACACUCUGCAGGAUUCUGGUAAUCACAGACGUGCCCCAGAUGGGCUAGGUUCCGUGCAGAGACAGGUGAAGAAGAUGGGUAGGUGGUGAGAUCAGUGCACACUGAUGGUUUUGCCAUAGAGACUCUUCCCCAUCUACCUUUCUUCUAAAAAGAACUCUUGUUCAUCUCCUCAGGACUCUCAUCUGCUAAGACAGUGCCUUUGAAGGUUCUAGAAGGGUCUUAGGGAGGAAGCCAGAGGUAUCAAGGAAAGGCACGGGUGGUGAGUGGAUUGGUGCUGAGAAUACAUAGCCACUGUUACCCUCUCUUGUGCUGGGCGGGUAACUAGCAGAGGAAACCCCGGAGGAAAUGCUUGCAGGCUGUGGUUGUCUCAUUAAGGACAAAUUCAAGCAGGACUGGAGAGAGGGACAGUGGGUGAAAACUUCCUGAGCUUAGGCUGGAGGUCUCUCCAAGGUCUCCCUAUUCUAGUUCCUAGGCUUGAACAUGGAGCCCAGUCUUGUAUGUUGUUUGUACCAAAUCUUUACAUCUCAGGUGAAACCCAGUGUCCAUUUGGUCCUCCUUCCAGGGUUGAAUCACACCAAAUGUCCAUCCUCCAGUGCCCAUCCAUCCUUUUGUAUUGACCAUCCUCUAUCACCCUUUCUCAUCCUAUUGCCAUAGAAACAAUCCUCCUUCCCCCAGUGCUUCCCCUCCCUGGUCCCUGCCGAGAGGUCAGAGUACAGAUCCAUUCUCUGAGCCUUGCUAGGUUGAGCUGGGGUUCAUGAGAGGUGCCAAGUCACAAGUGGCUGUGCCAACAUGCUGUGGAAAGCCCAUUCUCCAAACAAGGCUGAGAAAGGGCAGGAGGCAAGCUGUGGGGCAAUUGACUUUGGAGGUAGACUUGAGGCCAGAGCUUUGAGUGAUACGGGUGUGUCCAUGCCUCUGGAGGGUCCUCUUUCUGCUCCUCCCCUUGGUCCUCCCGUCCUGCUCCUCUAGAGGAGCUGCGUGUCAGUUGUGAUUGUUCAUAAUCUGUGAGUGUUUAUACAUUCUCUUUGCAUGGGCUAACACUCCUCCAGUUCUCAAGAGUGAGUUGUUCCACCCUGCCAUUAGCCUUCGAAAUUUUUAAAAAUGGGUUAAUUCUAUGGUACUGAAAAAAAUGU